AUGGUCUGCUUUGCUAAAAACAAAAAUGUCGUUGAAAUACCCGAAAGCAAACCGUUAAUUGCAGCCUUGCAUCAAAAAUUGUUGGAUGAAGAUGAUCUCUACCUGCUCUCGCUUCUCUCUCCUUUAGCAGACUCUGAAGAUGAUCUUAGUGAUGAAGAAACACAAAAACUACCACUGAGAUUGCAGUACUACGAAGGAAAAAGAGAAAAGUCACUAGAAGUGCGACAAAAACUGAUCGAAGCUCUAUAUCAG